AUGCUUGACUACAAGGAUUAUGUAGGUGGGAUUCCUCUUAUUGUACAUCUGAGUGAACAGGACAUUCUUAGUCUAGUUCAUCGACCGCUACCUUUGGUGUUUGUGCUGCCGCGAACUACUUUGCUGAUCGCGAUCCUACACGAUGUAUUAGAGUUUUUCGCACCUUAUGGGGCGGUUCUGAACCAGUACACCACGCAGGUCUGGUUUUCUUAUGAGUCCAUGGUGGUGCCGUGGGGUUAUCCGGUAGGCGCCGUUCGCGAUUUUGUCCAGGAGCUUCAGGCGACCCGGCGACGCGGUGGAUCGCCCGAUCGAGUCCGAUUCACCGAUUCGACUUCUCUUCACGCCCUCACACAUCGUAAACCGGAUGGUGAUGGGGGUGGCGAUACCGCUGGCGCCCGCGACCGACAGCCGCUGGGGGUUUCUUUCUCCUCAGAGCCGCUGGAGCUUGAGUUUCGCAUUUAUCAGCCCUCUGGCUUCAAAACCAUUGAGCGGUGUGCCCCUUUUCUGGUGAACUUUGACCGUUUAGAUGACUACAUUCGGAAUGAGAUCAAACAGCUACACAAAAUGGCGUACUCCGCUAUUUACGGGUCCUACAAACGCUACCUGAACGCACCGGAGUCCGUUUUACAGGUGGCGGUCAGUAUGGCGCUUUACCGACCCUUUGAGGCGUCUUCCGGCUCGGACUUUUGCGAUACCGCUUUAGCAGUGCCGCGGACUUUCUCGUCCGUCACCUCGUCCUACCUGCUCAUGGAGUACCAUGGGAUGUUGAAGAGCGUCUCCCAGGGCCGGCGGUUGACCUACGUCGUCCAGCUCGGCUUUCCCUGGGCCUAUCGCGGUGGGAAAAAGGGGCCGAUUCUUCGAUUUCACUACUACCCCGUGAAUGCCGCCCCCCUGGCCGCGCGAGAUCCGAGGUGGGGGGGGGUUCUUUCCUCCAAUUCCGACGAAAAGGGCAUCACCCCUAAAAGCUUAGAUCGGGCCUCCUCGCAUUCACCGGAGCCGGGGAGGUCGGGGCGCCAGGCGCCCCAUGACCCCGACUGUCUUCUCCACGCGGACGACGAGGCGCUGACGCUUGGUUUGCUCCUCUGGCGGUUAUUUUGUGCGCCAUGUUUACGCUGGCGGCGGCUUUUUUCAUUUCCUCUCUCUUCCCCCACCGGGUCAACCGGUGCAUCGGUUUCUGCGGAGGGAGAGGAGGAGAACAACGACGUCUUUUUUCGUUCGAUGGCGGUGUUUUACACCGACCCCCCGUCCUCUCCCACGACGAACUCGGAGCCGCCUGAGAUGGUUUGUGAACCCGAACCCGAACCACAAACCACCCCCUGGGGGUUGUGGGAGGCCGCGAUGUCUCGACGAUUUAUUGAAACCUACGAAGACAACGGUGGCGACCCGGUCGGGGAGUCGUUCGGGGCUGGGGCCAUUUAUGGUAUUCCCAUCGUACCUGACAAAAACGGACUCCCCAACCAAGACUCUGAACCAGAGCGGAUGUUUUUUAAGAUUCAAGGGGUCGUUCCCUCUUUGAGGACCCCAGCCAAAUUUUUAGAGACUUACCUGACCUCAUCAGACCGUUCUCUGUAUGUCACGGUGGGCACACAGUAA